AUGAAGUUACUUGAUUGGAUUCAUAGAAGACUUGGCCAGAACAGCACUCGACCGUCGAAACACCUGCUCAUUGCAGCAGCAGCAGUUGAUGAGGAAGAAGAGCAAGAGGCAUGGAAGGAUGGUAUUUUCCCGGGCUUCCUAGCAAUUGGAACUCUUGGAUUGGAUCCGUCAUCAACUCCAACAUUUUCCAUCUGUGUUGAUGAUAUAAUAACUGAAAGGGAUGAUGACGUGACUGAGAAUGAGCUGAAGUUGAUCAAUGACGAGCUAGAGAAAGUUUUUGCAUUAACCAACACCAAUGAUGAUUCAUCUGGCAGAAACAGCAGUGGAGGGAGAAGUAGUCAUGGAAGCAUCAGCGGAGAAUCAAACACCUUUUGUCCACUUCAGGGAUAUCUCUUUGGAUCUGCAUUUGAAUUAUCAGCAACAAGUAUGGUAGCAGUGUCAAAGAAUAAGGAGCAUCAGCAUCAGAGUGAGAGAACAUCACUUGCUGAGCUGUUUCAAAGAAGCAAACUAGAAGAUGAGAACAGUCUGGUUGGAGGAAAGGAUGAUGAUACCGAGAAUAACAAGGAGGAGGCCAUGAAAAAAAAGGUCAAGAACAGAAGGAUGAUCCAUGCUUUUGAUUCAGCUUCAGCAGACAGAAAACUGCAUUAUAAGAUUUUCCAAAUGUUCCAUAAGAAAAUUCAUCCUGUAAAUCCAAGAGCAACUAUCAAGAAGAAGAAAAGUUGGGCAGAAUAUGAGAAUAAGGAGCAGUGGAUCAAAACAGAUGCCGAUUAUUUAGUGUUGGAGCUCUAA